AUGCACAUGCGCAUUAUGCUCGCCCCUGUACAGCUGUAGGAGAAAAUGGCAGCGUUCACGCUAGGACAGCAGGUCCGCCAGUUCAGCACUUCUGUGAUCAGACCUGUAUCAAAGUUGGUUAAACCACCAAUACAGGUAUAUGGAGUGGAGGGCCGCUAUGCAACUGCGCUGUUCUCAGCAGCUAGCAAGCAGAACAAAUUGGAUCAGGUGGAGCAAGAACUGGGAAAAGUGUUUGGCCUUAUCAAGGAUCCCAAGCUAUCGGGCAUUGUAAUGAAUCCCCAUGUGAAGCGCAGCAUCAAACAGAAGACCUUCACUGAUGUUCUUAUAAAGGCUAAGCUGUCCCCCAUUACCAUCAACCUCAUCAAUGUUUUGGCUGACAAUGGUCGUCUGACUUUAACUGCCGAUGUCAUCACUGCCUUUGGCAAGAUGAUGAGUGCUCACCGUGGAGAGGUCAUCUGCUCUGUCACUACUGCUAAGCCUUUGGAUGAGGCCAAUCUUGCUGAGCUGAAAGUUGCCCUCAAGGAUUUCCUUCAAAGGGGUGAAACCAUUAAGCUGGAAACAAAGUCCGAUCCCUCCAUCCUCGGCGGCAUGAUCGUCAGUAUCGGAGACAAGUAUGUGGACAUGUCCACAAAAUCCAAGAUUCAGAAGCUGACUAAACUCAUUAGGGAAACCUAAGUCCUAUGGACUUACAGAUGGAAUGGAUCGGAGGAGAGCAUGGGAACUUCUCAUAAAUGUACAUUGCUUCCUAUUCUAGCACUGCGAUCACUAAAAAGCCAGUGUUGCUGUCAAGUUCAUAUUAAUGUAAUAAAAAUACGAGAAAAAUGGA